CGUGGUUUGCACAUCCGUGCUGUGUGUGCUUUCUCUUUCGUUGAGUGCACGGUGCCAGCCGAUCCACCGGUCCUUGACUUGCAUACUCCUCGUAAGGCACCACCUCAAAAGAAGCAAUAAAUCCAGGGCUACCAGAACAUCAACCGUCUCCCCUCAAUUUUGCACUGAAGUCUCUCGGGUUUGAAAUCAUGUUGAUGUGGUUGUUUGUCGCCGCUCUCGCAGUGGCCGCGCGGGCAAGUGAUGUGCUCGAGUACACAGAUGACGAUUUUGACAGCAACAUUGGAAAUCACGGGCUCGCCCUGGUUGAAUUCUUCGCACCAUGGUGUGGACAUUGCAAACAUCUUGCACCCGAGUAUGAGGCAGCUGCCACACGACUGAAAGGCAUCGUCCCACUUGUGAAGGUGGACUGUACUGCUAAUACCAAUGUGUGCGGCAAGUAUGGUGUGAGCGGCUACCCAACCCUGAAGAUUUUCAGAGAUGGAGAGGAAUCUGGUAGCUAUGAUGGUCCCAGGACAGCAGAUGGGAUUGUUAGCCAUUUGAAAAAGCAGGCAGGCCCAGCCUCUGUGGAGCUCAAAAGUGAGGCUGAAUUUGAGAAGUACAUCGGGGACCGUGAUGCCAGUGUUGUGGGAUUCUUUGCUGAUGGAGGAAGUGCUGCCCAGGGAGAGUUCCUCAAGGCUGCCAGUGCUUUCAGGGAGUCCUACCGUUUUGCCCACACUAAUGUAGAGGACUUAUUGAAGAAACAUGAUGUUGAUGGAGAGGGCGUUAUAUUGUUCCGGCCACCCCGUCUCAGCAACAAAUUUGAAGACAGCAGUGUGAAGUUCACUGAGGACAAAUUCACAAGUGCAAAGAUCAAGAAGUUUAUUCAGGACAACAUUUUUGGCAUCUGUCCCCACAUGACUGAUGACAACAAAGACGAGCUGAAAGGCAAAGAUUUGUUGGUGGCCUACUACGAUGUGGACUAUGAAAAGAACCCUAAGGGUUCCAACUAUUGGAGGAACAGGGUGAUGAAGGUGGCUAAGAGCUUCCUGGAUCAGGGCAAGAAACUUGGCUUUGCUGUGGCCAGUAAGAACAGCUUCAGCCAUGAUGUAUCCGAGCUGGGUCUGGACGCCAGCAGUGGUGAGCUGCCUGUUGUUGGCAUCAGAACUGCGAAGGGAGACAAAUACGUCAUGGAGGAGGAGUUCUCUCGUGAUGGAAAGGCCUUGGAGAGGUUCCUGCAGGAUUACUUUGAUGGAAAACUUAAGCGUUACCUCAAAUCCGAGCCUAUCCCUGAGAACAAUGACGGCCCUGUGAAGGUCCUUGUGGCAGAAAACUUUGACUCAAUUGUAAAUGAUGACAGCAAAGAUGUUCUCAUUGAGUUUUACGCUCCCUGGUGUGGACACUGCAAGAGCCUGGAGCCUAAAUACAAAGAACUUGGGGAGAAGCUCAUCAACGAUCCAAACAUUGUCAUUGCAAAGAUGGAUGCCACAGCUAACGAUGUGCCCUCUCAAUAUGAUGUUAGAGGAUUCCCCACAAUAUAUUUCUCUCCAGCUGGUCAGAAGCUGAAUCCAAAGAAAUAUGAGGGAGGCCGUGAAGUCAGCGACUUUAUUUCUUACCUUAAGAGAGAGGCCGCUAAUCCCGUGGUGGUUCAGGAGGCGGACGAGAAGAAAUCAAAGAAAACUGAGUUAUAAACAAUGACUGCCCAACAGCUCUGAGGAGGGAAUUUUGCAGGAGAUGUAAAUUGUAUUCCAAUCUUUAGUGAGUGCUCUGACCCAAUGUAAGCCCUUGGGCCUACUGCUCUGGGAACAUUGUGGAAGGUUGUGGUGGCCAGACUGUGUGUGAUUUUUAGAUAAGUGGAAGAGCUACAGGUCCUGUCAAAUUGAGAUUUCUUUCCCUUUACUGUACCCUGGAUGAUGCACUUUUGAGACCAAUUCCACAUUCUCAUGGAAAAGG